AGAAGACCCCAUAGAAGGAACACCAAUGACUUAUGUAACUUUAUAUACUGAUUGCUGGCAAACCGAUCCAGAAAAACGUCCCAAUAUACAAGAAGUUUCGAGUUUAAUUAAUUAUAAAAUAUUACAGCAACCAGGUUUGUUCACAAAUGAUAAAUCAUAUGAAUUUUUUAAAAAAAUUGUUGAAGAAUUAUGUGAAUUGAUUAUUGAAGAAAAAAUGCAAGGAAAAACGACUAUGAUGAUACUCGAUAGAGUUGAGAAAUUUUUUAUAAACAAACGACAAAGACCAGAGAAUUUAAUUGAUUGGUGUUUAAAUAAUCAAAUUAAUCCUUUUUAUGAUUAUUCUGAAUUCAGUAAUAUUCAAUUAAUUGGUUCAGGAAAUUUCGGAAAAGUUUAUCAUGCAGUUAUGGAAAGUUCAGGCUUAGAUGUUGCUUUAAAAUCAUUUGACAAUAAUAACGAAGUCAUUGUUCAAGGAAUUAUUGAUGAACUUAAAUUACACAACAGUAUUAGCACUCACAAUAAUAUUAUUAGAUUUUAUGGCGUUUCUACGGAAGAAGGCAAAAACGAACUUCAAUAUAUUUUAGUUUUUGGAUAUGCUGAUAGUGGAACUUUAAGAUCUUAUUUACAAAUUAAUUUUUAUAAACUUAAUUGGAUGCACAAAUUAACUUUGACACAACAACUUGUUGAUGCGAUAAAAUUUAUGCAUGAGAAAGACAUUAUACAUGAAAAUCUU